AUGAGCGCCAGAGACAAGGUUCGCGAGCAUUGGGCGUCCCUCGGGACCGCCGGCAAACGAGUGGGCCGCACUACCGCCCCCAGGCCUGCAGGCGGGCCUGCAGGCAGCCCUUCGGCCAGCCCUGCGGCCCCCACUUACACACCCUUCAAACUAGUACACAGCGCCGUCUUCGACGGCCCUGGCAGCAGCCCCAAUUGCCCCACAUUCUCCCUAGAAACCAUCCUCGCGUCCCCCAACCUCACCGAAAUAUGGCUCUUCUCGUUCGGCUUCCAAACAGACCUCUUCAUGCCCCUCGUCAAAGACCACGUACAAGUCCACAUCGUCGGCCAGCUCAACACCAUCCAGUCAGACGUGCCAUUGCACCACUUCCAAAACCUAUCCGUCCACAAGGUCGACAUUGGCGCCCGCUACGGCUGCCACCACGCCAAAAUCAUCUUCGCCUUCUACAAAAACGGCCACAUGCAGAUGCACCUGCCGUCCUUCAACCUCGCGCGCGAAGAAAUCAACCUCGUCCAACAAGUCGCAUGGUCGUCGCCUGUACUAUAUGAGAGGGUAGGAACCGUCCCAGCCACUGAAUCCGGCCUCUUCUACCACGAACUCAUCCAAUUCCUCAAAUCGUACCCGGACUACUGCGCCCUCUCCCCGCUCAUCGCGUCUCUUGCACGCUACAAAUGGCACGUCCUAGACCAUCAAAACUGCCAGUUCGUCUACUCGACCCCGUCCAACGGCGGCCUCCAGCAGCUAAAGAAGUGUCUCCAAAGAUCCUCAUCGUCCAUCAACGCCCACGACGACGAAUCCUCCAGCUACCCAAACCUCUUCGUACAAGUCAGCUCAAUGGGCAACCCGUUCCGCAAAAACCGCGACCUCCUCCAAGACGUCUUCAUCCCGUACCUCUACACCGACUGGUUCGAGCACGACGACUUCGACAAGAAACUCAAGUCCCCAAACUACACUUCCCCGUUCCUCGCUCAUUCCACCAUCCUAUGGCCCACUACCAACGAAAUGAACAGAUGCAUGACCCAGGGACUAAGCGCCGGAUGGUUCUUCUACAACAAAUCCCACCAAACUGCCUCAAAAGUCCUCCCUUGCCUCAGGAAACACCCUCCUCUCCGGCCCAAUGCCUCCCAAUCACAAGCAAACAGACACAUGGUCCCGAGCCACACCAAAUACUACAUCCAAUACACAGACGAAAACUCUAUACACUGCCCGGACUGGCUCCUUCUCACAAGCCAUAACCUCUCCCAGGCCGCUUGGGGACCCACUCCGCUUCGCAAACCAAUGAACUACGAGUGCGGCGUCCUAUACACCUCCACGCUCGGACCUCAUCGCGUCAAUCUCGCCCUACACUCGGCCUUCGAAAGCGCGAAUCCCAGGCCCACUCCCAAACCCAACAACCAAUCCCACCCCACCGUCAACAUCAUCACCCCGUACCCACUAAAGCUCGACCGUUACUCCUCUACCGACACUCCACAUACCACUACGAUGGCCUAG